CUGUAUAGUCCUCAUCCCCUUCCGACUCUUUAGAUACUCGUCCUACAGUUCCAUAGAGAUAACAAAAGAGUUUCAAACCCUCCUAUAUACCAAACCUCUUUUCUCUCUCUUUCUCUCUUACACUCGAUCCACGCCUUCUGAAAGACACAUCAACAACCAUCACAACCCGACAAUGUACUUUUCACCGGAAUUGCUCAAAGAUGUGGGGGGUUAUCUAAGUAAAGCCGACCAAGCAGCGUGUGCUCUUGUAUGUUAUGAGUGGUACUCCAUUUUCUUAGAUCUGUUGUACACCACCGUCGAAAUCCACUCUCGCCAUCAAUUUCGCUUAUUUUAUCAAACCAUUAAGGCUUCUUCAGAAAUGGACGAUUCAUUAGGUACGCUUGUUAAAGAGUUACGGUUUUCAUACAAUAAAACUACGAAACAUCGAGUAGGAUUCAGUCGUCAUGAAUUAGAGAGCUUUGCGACUUAUUUUCACAACUUGCGCAUAUUGGAUUUUGAUCCACAACUAUGGAAGUAUAUGCGCUACCCUGUUGGCUUGUCACGGCUUUCAUCUCUUCAGCAAUUACCAGAACUCAAUAGAAAAGCCAUCUUUCAGCCUUUAUUUUAUUGUAGUACUCAACAACAGGACGUGGAACAAGACCAAAGCAACAGUACAAUGUUGACCACCAAAUCCAUGAGCGCAGACAGGGCAUUCCUAUCUCAAUUGACUUAUUUAUCGUUGAGCGGUCAAGUCACCGAAUUUUUGAUCAAAGAGAAUCUGACAACAUCCUUUUGGCAUCGCGUGCCUCGUGUAGAGAAACUCGUCAUCACAGGUAAUAACAGUGCGUGUGAGCUCAAUGUAAAAACAAUCAUGUCGAUCGGAGCACAACUCAAUUCGUUGAAGGAUUUCACCUUGGUCAACGUGACUCUUCCUUUAGAAGACGACGAUAUCAACUCCAUUACCAUGCUGCCGUUAUUCACAUCGACUUUGUCCCUCACCUUGUCGGACGUGCAUGUCAAAGAUUGGCGAAUGAUCACGUUACUCAGUUUAGCAUUCUACCGCAUCGAAGUACUCGAUUUACAUUUGACAUUGGAUUGGUUUUAUCAAGACGACGUGACAGUGGAAGUGUAUGAAACGUGUAUGGAUGCCUUCAUGGGAUUUGCUCAACUAUGCACUCAUUUGAAAACAGUACGUUUUCGAAGGAUGAAUACAUCUGUAUUUCCCUUUGCUUAUGAUGCGUUCUUUCAUGAAAUUUCAGAGUUACGCAAGUGCGAUCAUGUGCAUUACCAGCAACAUCCAUGUCAAAAGUGUGUUGCUAUUGAAAUGAUUGAUGCAGCGUGGUGGGCUACGAUCGACCCUGCUUCUUCAUUUAAAACAGCUACGACAGUGACUGGACUUUUAUCCAAAACACACAUCCAAUUCUCAUGGACAGGCAAAAAAACCGAUACACAUUUGUUUAAAAGUUUGAGAUUCUGUCAGAAUCUUACUGAAUUGAAUUUGGAGUGUGAUAUACCCUUACGGCAUGGAUUGCGACUAGACCUUUUAUUAGAUAACUGUAAAGUUUUACAAAACGUGAGCUUGUCCAAUGCGUUGGUAACGAUAAGUGACCGUCAUAGUAGCAUAGACAUAGCAGGCAACCCUCCUCCACAGGGCAGCAGCAAUCCACUCAAGAGUUUAAAGAUGAAGCAUGUCUAUUUAGGCGACCGAUUAAUCGAUUACUUGGCGCACGAUUGCUCAAAACUAAACGAGUUGUGGAUCACGAACUGUGUGCAAGAAAAAGCACGUAAAACAUCGUUUAUAGUGAUACGUAUGCCGGAGCAUCGAUUUAAACAUAUUAAAUUAAGUCAGUUACAUCUUAACCCGGGUGGACCCAAGGCAAAAUGUGAAGCCAACAUGACGCUUUUGUCGCUCUUUGAGUCGAUGAGGUAUGAGAAGCAGAGUAAAAGAUUACAGACUGCACGAAAAAAGGAGAUAGAAAGGGAGAAGAGCGUGAAAGACAAAGAACAGCUGGAUGCCUCUACAAGCGACCCUUCACCACACCAUAGAAAAAGUAUAUCGGCACCUGAAAUGUGGCGAUUUUACCAUGUAUAUAAGCCGAACAUUCACAAAAACAACACCACCACCACCACCACCACUACCAAGCAUACUACAGAUACCAUGACAGAUAAAAAUAAUACUCAUUCUGAUCACCAGCAGUUACCGAUUUCUACUGAAGCGCUUAAUAAACAAUUAAGAAGACUAAAUACAGAAGAAGCAGCCAUGAUUGCCAAUUUUGAAAUGACCGAUAAGAAAUGGAAAGCGGCCAGGAAUGCUCAAAGACGUAAAACGUAUACAGAAAAACAGUUUUGGGAAAAAGACAUUCAAUUUGGAGCAGUUUUACUAGUUUGUAAAUCUGUGGAUAAGCUUGAAUUCAACGAUUUAACAGUGUAAAAUAAAAAAGAAAAAAAAAAAAAAGAAAAAAGGGUCUUUGUCCUUUUGGGAUGA